ACCACAGCAGAGGGGCACGUAGCACAUGACCCAGCAGCCAGAGCACCAUCCCAGCCAUGGUCUUUGAGGUAAGUGCUGCUGCCCAGCCAGGCCGGGACAGAGCUCGAAGUGGAGAACCCUGGGCACUGGGGGAAUGCCGGGGCUGUCCCACAGCCCAGGGUCACCACAGGGUUGGGUGAGUGACCGCCAAGUGCUAAGUGAGGCUGAGGUUGCCGCCCUCCUGAACUUCAGCUCUUCCUAUGACUAUGGAGAAAACGAGAGUGACUUGUGCUGCACCUCCCCACCCUGCCCGCAGGACUUCAGCCUGAACUUCGACCGGGCCUUCCUGCCGGCCCUCUACAGCCUGCUCUUUCUGCUGGGGCUCCUGGGCAACGGCGCGGUGGCAGCCGUGCUGCUGAGCCAGCGGACAGCCCUGAGCAGCACCGACACCUUCCUGCUCCACCUGGCCGUGGCGGACAUGCUGCUGGUGCUGACGCUCCCGCUCUGGGCAGUGGAUGCUGCCAUCCAGUGGGUCUUUGGCUCUGGCCUCUGCAAAGUGGCAGGUGCCCUCUUCAACAUCAACUUCUAUGCAGGGGCCCUCCUGCUAGCCUGCAUCAGCUUUGACCGCUACCUGAACAUAGUGCACGCCACCCAGCUCUACCGCAGGGGGCCCCCGGCCCGCGUGACCUUCACCUGCCUGGCAGUCUGGGGGCUCUGCCUGCUCUUCGCCCUCCCAGACUUCAUCUUCCUGUCAGCCCACCACGACGAGCGCCUCAAAGCCACCCAGUGCCAGUACACCUUCCCACAGGUGGGCCGCACGGCUCUGCGGGUGCUGCAGCUGGUGGCUGGUUUCCUGCUGCCCCUGCUGGUCAUGGCCUACUGCUACGCCCGCAUCCUUGCCGUGCUGCUGGUCUCCAGGGGCCAGCGUCGCCUGCGGGCCAUGCGGCUGGUGGUGGUGGUCGUGGUGGCCUUUGCCCUCUGCUGGACCCCCUAUCACCUGGUGGUGCUGGUGGACAUCCUCAUGGACCUAGGCACCUUGGCCCGCAACUGUGGCCGAGAAAGCCGGGUAGACGUGGCCAAAUCAGUCACUUCAGGCCUGGGCUACAUGCACUGCUGCCUCAACCCACUGCUCUAUGCCUUUGUAGGGGUCAAGUUCCGGGAGCGAAUGUGGAUGCUGCUCUUGCGCCUGGGCUGCCCCAACCAGAGAGGGCUCCAGAGGCAGCCAUCGUCUUCCCGCCGGGAUUCAUCCUGGUCUGAGACCUCAGAGGCCUCCUACUCGGGCUUGUGAGGCCGGAAUCCUGGCUCCCCUUUCACCCACACAGUCUGACUUCCCCGAAUUCCAGACUCCUUCCUCCCUCUCUGCUGGGCCGGCAGGUGCUGGCUCUCCCCAUAUCCUCACUCCCGGGAUUCACUGGCAGCCCCAGCACCACCAGGUCUCCCGGAAAGCCACCCUCCCAGCUCUGAGGACUGCACCAUUGCUGCUCGUUAGCUGCCAAGCCCCACCCUGCCGCCCAACGUGGCUGCCUGGAGUCUCACUGCCCUUCUCAUUUAGAAACUAAAACUUCACCUUCCCCAAGUGUAGGGAGUACAAGGCGCGACAUGGAGGGCGCUGCCCCAUGAAGCCACAGCCCAGGCCUCCAGCUCAGCAGUGACUGUGGCCAUGGUCCCCAAGACCUCUAGAUUUGCUCUUUUAUAUUUACAUCUAAAAUCCUGCUUAAAACUUUUUAAUAAACAAGAUCGUCAGGA